AUGUAUAAUCCAUACGGAAACAGUGGCGGGUACCAACAGGGCCAUCCCCAGCAACAGGCCCCAGGCCAGCAGUUUGACGGCCAGGCCAACUUGCACCAUCCGCAGCCCCAGCAUCCAGCAUUCCAGGCCCAGUAUGGCCAGCCAGGCGGAGUUCCUGGCGCAACUGGAGGCCAGCAAGCGUCGGGGUAUCCCAGCUUCUUGAAUGAUCAGGCAGCAUCAAUUGCGUCCCAGUUUGCCAAGAGCCAGUUCGAAACCUCCAACCAGUACUUGCAGCAGAACUUUGGUUCGUUCUUCCCAGGCACGGGAGAUAUCAAGUACUACUUCCAGGUCAGCAACUCGUAUGUGUUGAGAAAAGUGUUGUUGAUCGUGUUUCCCUACCACAAUAAGAACUGGAACCGGUUGACGGCGUCCGAGGUCACUGGGGAGGCCACCAGUGGCCAGAACCAAUUUGCUCCUCCCAACUUCGACGUGAACGCUCCCGACUUGUACAUCCCCUUGGUGUCGUUUGUCACCUACAUCUUGUUGUGGGCGUCUUUCCAGGGGUUGAACGGUGACUUCCACCCCCAGGUGUUCGGGUACUUAGCAUCGCAGACUCUCGCGUUUUCGUUUCUCGACAUCGCCAUCUUCAAAAUCGGGUUGUACCUCUUGAACUGUUCCACUCAGAGCUCGUUGUGGGACUUGGUCAGUUUCUCGGGUUACAAAUAUGUGUCCAUCAUCAUCUUGUUGUGUUGGAAGCACGUCAUCGGCAAUGGCUGGAUGACCUACUACCCGGUGAUAUUCUUCCUCAUCAUCAACUUAUCGGUGUUCUUGAUGAGAUCCUUGAAGUUCAUGGUGUUGCCUAAUAACGUUACUGGUACUUCCAAUAGCAUUACUACCAGCCAGAGACGCAUAAGAAUCCAAUUCUUGUUCGUUUACUCGUUGAUCAUCCAGGGGUUGAUCAUCCUCUACAUGAGCAGAUAG